AUGCCACCGUUGCGUCGUCGGCGUUGCAGCGUGCUCUGCGACCAGCUGCUCUACCUCGAUCUUUCUUGGACAGAGAUAGAAGAUUUUUUCCUCGGCGACCCCGCGCCUGGACAAAGGGUUGGGAAAUCAGCCGGUGGCCAUAUAGACAUAAACAAAAUCGACGAGCAGGCCUUCCGGAGGCAAUUCCGCUUCUACAAGGAAGACCUGCAAGUUCUGACCGAGGCCCUGAAGAUUCCAAUGAUUCGGAGCAGCCAAGGCGUUACCGUGUCCAGACAAGAAGCGCUUUUGAUGGGGUUGCGCAGGCUCACGUGGUGGGACUUGGAGCCUCUUUUUGGCCGUCACUCGUCGGCGCUAUCUAAUAUAGUCAGCCAGUUAUUCGGCCACAUCGAUAGCACCUUCGGGCACCUGCUUGUGGAUGUCAACAACCACAGCUGGCUGAGCUUGAAUGAUCUGAAGGAGUACUCCGAAGCUGUGUACAACAGAGGUGCACCCGUGCGCAACUGCUGGGGCUUCGUGGACGGCACGGCGAGGCCCAUUUGCCGCCCUACAGUCAACCAGCGGAUAUACUUUUCAGGCCACAAAAGGCAGCAUUCUGUAAAGUAUCAGUCGGUCAUGUGUGCAAACGGAAUUGUGUGCCAGCUUGAUGGGCCAUAUAUAGGGCACAAGCAUGAUGCCGUGGGCAAAACGCCACUGGGGGGGCCUUGUGUGGGGCCUGGCGAGGAGCCAGAGGUGGGGCCAGAGGUGGGGCCAGUAGUGGGGCCAGAGGAAGAGCCAGGGGGAGGGGCAGGGGAAGAACCACGGGUGCGAUCAAGGAUGGGGCUAGGAUGGCAGGUAGAGGUGGGGUCAAGGGUGCGAUCAGGAAUGGUGUUCAGGGUAGGGCGUGGACUUGGCUCAUGGAGGAUGCCAGGUGAAGGGUUGGGUGAGAAGUCCUGA